AUGGUUAAGUCGCCUGAGGCCACUGGAUUGCAACCAGCCCAGCGCUUGGUGGCUUUCCUUAUCCUCAGACUCGGGGCCUUUGCGCAUAACCCACUCAGGCCGUAUGCGGAAUGGACUUUUGACCUCCUGACGCAUGCCGCGAUGCUGCGUUUGGACUCCGUCAUGGAAAUCCGUGCUAGCCUCCUCGUCGUUCUUUUGAUCAUCUACUGCCCUUCUCUCGAGGACGGGUCUCAGUACCGCUACAUGAGCUCCGCCUGCGAGAGGCUGCAGCAGAUGAUACAAGAGAAAAGAGUCGACCCCACUGACCCUGACAACCUCGUGCUGGUUUGGGCAUUUGUUCUCCUCUACUUUGACAUUAUGCCCGGCAAGCUUCUCCCCUGCGUACAGCCAAUCUUGCAGCAACUGCCGAUGGAGCUGCCGCCUGAGGGACUGUUACCCCCAGCUCGACAGAUGGCUGAAAGCAUCAUCAAAGUUUGCUACGCUCGCGCCGUAUCGCCAAUACCUUAUGCCCACGUGGUGGCUUCUCUUGACCAGCUCACCAAUCCUGGAAGUCCGACUGCAGAGGCGACAUCGCCGCAUGUCAAGGCUCGGUUAUAUGCCAUGAACGUGUCCAUGUCACAGGUGUCUAGCGGCAGCGUGCUAAGUGCAGACAUGCGACUUGAGGCUGCCCGAUAUGAACUCGAUGCUAUGGGGCGAUUCUUACAGACUGUUCGCAAGCUUCGAGAUUUCGAACGGCGGUACUUCCUCGAACGCGAGUACGAGUAUGUCAUGCAGCUGGCUCGAGCUUAUGAUUGUGGCAUUAUCAGCUUCGAGAAAUGGACGGAAUGCUCGACCGGUCUGAGGGACUUUCUGGACGAGCAUCCCAAGCCGGCGACGAAGUUUCAACUGGUCACUCGGACCAAGGAAGGGGCGUUCGCAGCUGCAUCAACUUGCAUGGGCCGCCUCAGCAAGUAA